GUCUUUUUACGAGAAUUACUAUCCAACGCCAAUGAUGCGUUGGAGAAAUUACGUUUGACAGCCUUGACAGACCGACAUGUCAUGAGCGGAGGCGAAGCCAACGUGACUAUUGAGAUACCGGGAUUGGCAUGACCAAGGACGAACUUGCCAGAAAUCUCGGAACCAUCGCUAGAAGUGGAACCACGGAAUUCUUAAAGAAAGCAGAGGAGGGGACCGGAGCCGACAGUAAUCUCAUAGGACAGUUUGGGCUUGGAUUCUAUAGUUGUUUCCUCGUCUCGCCCACAGUUCGGGUAGCAUCUCUACCCCCGCCGACGUCUGCCAAUCCUGAUCCUGUUCAACACGUUUUUAUCUCUUCAUCGUCUGGUGACUCGUUCGAGAUCCAACCCGAUCCUCGGGGCAACACACUAGGUCGAGGGACCGAAAUUGUCUUGAGUAUCGGUGAAGAUUCGGGAGAGUUCCUCAGCACGUCAAACCUCAAGGCAUUGAUCGACAAACAUUCAACGUUCUCAACCACUUUCCCUAUCUACAUAAAGGAAAGAACCACCACCCGAGUGCCGAAAGACGACGACGACUUUACAUAUGACGCGGAUUUAGAUGAGGAAAGUGCGAAAGAGCCUGAAUUUGAUCUUGUCAAGGAGGAGAAAUGGGUCCGGGUCAACGACAAGGCUCCACUUUGGAUGCGAGAACCCAAGGACGUUACGGAUAUCGAAUACGAGGAAUUCUACAAGGCAGUCGCCAAGGACCCAUCCGCUGAAACGCUUGGAUGGUCACAUUUCAAGGGCGACACUGCCUCUGGAGUCGCUUAUCGGGCCAUCAUGUAUAUUCCUGCGAAGCUCCCUAAAGACUUCUGGCAAAACAUCUCAAGCGGUCUCAACAGUGUCCGACUGAUGGUCAAGAGGGUAUUCAUCACCGAUGAUCUAGGAAAAGAAUACAUGCCGAGGUGGUUGAGCUUUUUGAAAGUCACGGUGGAUGCCGAUGAUCUACCAUUGAAUGUCUCACGUGAGACUCUGCAGAACCACCGAUUUCUACAGCAGCUCCAACGCAUCCUCAUUCGAAAGGCUCUGGACCUCUUUUCUCACAUUGCUUCGGAACAGCCAGAAAAGUACAAAGAAAUUUCAAAGUUGUACGGCAACGCUCUGCGAAUCGGUAUGAUGGAGUCCCAUAAAGACAAGGUCAAGCUCGCCAAAUUGCUCCGAUUUGAGUCUACCAGAUCUGACUACACAUCGCUGGAAGAGUAUGUCGACAACCGGAAAGAGGGCCAGAAACAGAUCUAUUUCAUGGCUGGUGCGGGAGAAAAGGCUGAAGACCUCAAGAAAUCGCCGUUUGUCGAAAAGCUCGACGCGAGAGGCUACGAAGUCCUGCUAUUGAAUCUGCCCUCCGAUGAGCCGAUGAUGGCGACCUUGGGCAAUUUCAUGGGCAUGACUGUGCAAGAUGUGUCCAAAAAGGGUCUCAAGUACGGGGAUGAAGAGGAGAACGAGGCAGAAAAGAAGGAACUGGAGGGGCAGAAAAUAGCCUUUUCACCCUUGAUCAAUUGGUUGAAAAAGGAGCUGGCCGGCCAAAUCAGCGAUGUCGUCGUGACCAACCGACUCGUCACGUCGCCAUGUACCAUUGUGGUUGACUCCUUCGGAUGGUCUGCCAAUAUGGCUCGAAUAAUGGCUGCACAAGCCGAAGCGGAGAAUGAUCCAAUGUUCGAGAUGAUGAAGAAUCUGCCUAAAGUCUUGGAAAUCAACCCAAAGUCACCAUUGAUAGAAGGAUUACUGGAACACGUUUUGGAACUGCCUGGGGAGGAUGAGGAUAGCAAUUCCGCUGAAGAAAUCGAGCUCAGAGAGGCGGUCAAGGUUUUGGUGGAUACUACUCUGGUCAGGAGUGGCUUCUCCGUCGCGGAUCCGAGCACCUACUUUGAACGAGUCGAAGCGCUUCUCCGACGAGCGCUUGGUGUGUCUACAUCCGCUAAGGCGAGUACUGUCGUCAGGCCUGCUCCUCCUACCGCCAUGGGUCCGUUAGAGGAAGAAGGUGUGAAGAUCAAUCUGGUAGAUGGUGAAGAAGACGAGGACAUAUUUGGAGGUGGUGGAGCCUUUGGAGCUGGAGCUGGGAGCGGCGGCGAACAGGUGGAGGAGUGGCUAGAUUGGCAUCAAUUCAAAGCGGAUUUGGAAAAGGGCAAGGAAGGAGGCGCUCAGGGAGAUGAGCCAGUCGAUAUUGAGCACGAUGAGCUAUGAGUAGAGUAAUAAGAAAGCAUACCAAACCAUACAUACGGAAGAACAGAACAAAUGCAUGGUUCUGUCAGGUUCUGUGAUCGUUGCUAUAGGCUCGACUU